GGCGCGCGGUCGCUGGAAGAUGACGUAGCCGGGGGCGUCAGGCUCUGUGUUGGUUGGAGGGAGCAUGUGGGUCUGCGGUACCGUGUGGCGGGUGCGAACCCGCGCCCGGCAGUGGCGGGGGCUGCUCCCAGCUUCAGGCUGUCACGGACCUGCCGCCUCCUCCUACUCCGCAUCCGCCGAGCCUGCCCGGGUCCGGGCGCUUGUCUAUGGGCACCACGGGGAUCCAGCCAAGGUCGUCGAACUCAAGAACCUGGAGCUAGCUGCUGUGGGAGGAUCAGAUGUCCGUGUGAAGAUGCUGGCGGCCCCUAUCAAUCCAUCUGACAUAAAUAUGAUCCAAGGAAACUACGGACUCCUUCCCGAACUGCCUGCUGUUGGAGGGAAUGAAGGUGUUGCACAGGUCAUAGCGGUGGGCAGCAAUGUGACCGGGCUGAAGCCAGGAGACUGGGUGAUUCCAGCAAAUGCUGGUUUAGGAACCUGGCGGACCGAGGCUGUGUUCAGCGAGAAAGCACUGAUCCAAGUUCCGAGUGACAUCCCUCUUCAGAGCGCUGCCACCAUGGGUGUCAAUCCCUGCACAGCCUACAGGAUGCUGAUGGACUUCGAGCAACUGCAGCCAGGGGAUUCUGUCAUCCAGAAUGCAUCCAACAGCGGAGUGGGGCAAGCGGUCAUCCAGAUCGCCGCAGCCCUGGGCCUAAGAACCAUCAAUGUGGUCCGAGACAGACCUGAUAUCCAGAAGCUGAGUGACAGACUGAAGAGCCUGGGGGCUGAGCGUGUCAUCACCGAAGAGGAGCUAAGAAGGCCCGAAAUGAAAAACUUCUUUAAGGAGAUGCCCCAGCCACGGCUUGCUCUCAACUGUGUUGGUGGGAAAAGCUCCACAGAGCUGCUGCGGCAGUUAGCGCGUGGAGGAACCAUGGUAACCUAUGGGGGGAUGGCCAAGCAGCCCGUCAUAGCCUCUGUGAGCCUGCUCAUUUUUAAGGAUCUCAAACUUCGGGGCUUUUGGUUGUCCCAGUGGAAGAAGGACCACAGUCCAGACCAGUUCAAGGAGCUGAUCCUCACACUGUGCGAUCUCAUCCGCCGAGGCCAGCUCACAGCCCCAGCCUGCUCCCAGGUCCCGCUGCAGGACUACCAGUCUGCCUUGGAAGCCUCCAUGAAGCCCUUCAUAUCUUCAAAGCAGAUUCUCACCAUGUGAUCAUCCCAAAAGAGCUGGAGUGACAUGGGAGGGGAGGCAGAUCUGAGGGGCUGGGUGCAGUCCUCUCAGUUGGGGCUUCCACCUUCCCCAGACUACUGCUCUCCUCAGUGCCUCUUCCUAUUAGGAGGAUGGUGAAGCCAGCCAUGGUUUUCCCCAGGGCUAGCCUUAAGGUAUCUAAUAAAGUCUGAAGUCUCCCUUCCAAAAA